GACCGAAGAGCGAGACUUGCAGAUCAGGAUUGAUUUCAGUUUCUCUGUAUGAGACAGGAAGGAUAUUUUAAGAAUAAAAAAAAACCCAUAACCAAGGUAUGAUGUAUCAAGAGACUUUACAGGGGAACUUUAAUUCCAGCAGUGAUUAUGACAUAAACUACACAUAUGUGGAUUAUCCUUUGAUUACAUUAGAAGAUGGGAAUUCUGCUGGGGUGAUUAUCGCUGUAUGCUACAGCAUCAUCAUCUGCAUCAGUCUAUCAGGAAACACUUUCCUGCUCUGGGUGCUCUUGAAGCAAGUGGGUUUGGGCAACUCUGCGGACCGCUUCCUCCUUCAUCUUACAGCGUCUGACCUGAUCUUCACCAUAACGUUGGUCCCCUGGACCAUCAACCAGAUCCAGGGCUGGAUCUUUGGGCUGGUAUGCUGCAGGUUGUUCACCUGGGGUCUCUUCCUAGGUCUAUACAGCUACAUGAUGUUCCUCACAGUCAUGACAGUUCAUCGAUAUGUAGCUGUUGUGUAUCCGGUUUUUGCAUCAUCUGUAUGGAAUCGUAGCAGACUGUAUGCGCAGCUCUUGUCUGCUGUGGUGUGGCUGAUCCCCAUAGGCUUCAGUUUGCCGGAAUUGUUCUUUUCUGAACUCGUGGACAGUCAUCAGGGUGUCUUGUGUGUUUCAGUCGAUAACUCAGUGUUAACAUUGCUGGGCCAUUUUAUUCAGAUAAUUCUCUUUUUUCUGCUGCCAUUCCUGGUUAUUGCAUUCUGCUACACCCGCAUGGCAUUCAUCAUCCACCAGAGCCGCAUCACAAGCAGGAACCGGCAUCACGCCGUGUGUAAUAUCUUCUGCAUGGCCAUGGGCUUCUUCAUCUGUUGGGCACCUUAUAACAUCUUCCUCUUCCUCAUCUCCUUGAGGAUUUUAGGCGUCACUGUGUUAAAUCUGACAGCGUGGGAAGAGAACAUUUACUGUGUCACUCACGUUCUGGCUUACUCACACUGCUGUCUGAACCCACUCAUACACAUCUUUGGAGGGAGGAAGUUCAGGAAAUAUCUCACUUGGUUAAAAAGCUUCACUCGGUUCUCACAGAGGUACAGCAGUUACACUUUUAGCAACCAGAGCAGCCUUUCAGGGCAAACUCAUCUCUGAUCAUAAUAACCUUUGGGUUCUACAUUUUAAAAGUGUAGCAUGAAAGUGCAAUUAGCAAAGAAUACACUACCUGUCAAAAGUGUGUACACACCUACUAAUUCAUUAUUAUUGCUAUUUUUCCACAUGUUAGAAUAAUAGAAAUAUCAUUCAAAAUCAAAGUAUGGGGGUGUCAUGGCGGAGGGCGGGGCCGGCUCGUGAUUCUGCACACCCGGUCCCUAAUCAGGCUUAUAAGUAGGGGCGGGGUGUGCGGAUUCCGCCCUGUCAAAAUGGGUAUUAUGUUAUGACUAAAUUAUCAAACUCUUUUAAACUGUAGAACUCCAGUGUAUAAUAUAUAUUAUAAAUGUGUCAAUAAAGUGUCACUCAGUUUUUUUGUCCAUGUUUGAUAAAUUCAAAUGUAAUGUCUAUGUCAUGUGGUGUAACUGUACGUUAAUUGACAGUAAAAAUGUUUGGCAGGAGUUGUUCUGAAUAAUCUUUUAUUAUUAUGUCUUAAGAAAAUAAGCAGUGAAACCAUUUUAGUUUAAAAUAUGAUUCAUUUUGAAAAACCUUUGUACACCAAAUCAAAGUCAUGUGGUGUAACCAAUAUGUAGGCAGCAAUGUUGUUGUCAUGUGUCAAAACCUCUUUAGACCAGCAAGACUGUGUGUGAAGUUUUAAAAACAAAUCAUGAUUUUGACAUAUCAUUAAAAAUCUAUAUUUUGACAUUUUUAUGAAAAGGCACAUUUUGUUCGGGUCAUUUGG